UGUCCAUCAACAAUAAUAAUACGGAGAUCGAUUUGCAUUGGCCUGCGAGUGUUGGCUGGACUGGUGCGUUUUUUGCUCUCUGUGUUUUUCCGUAGUUUGGUGAUGUGUUGUAUGUAAAUUGGCGACUCGGUGGGGUUCGGAUUUGCUAGGGUAGGACCGUUUUUCCGCAAGUGCAAAACGCUCAUAUGGCCGAACGAGUCGCGAUUAGCCCCAAAUGUCCCUGUUGUACCCAGUGCGGACGCCCAUCCGUACGCACUAAGAAGCGUAUACGAGAGCGCGACGACGACCGCACGUGAAAAGCGCGGAGAAGAUUUGUUGGUGGCCGUAGUUUUCGUGGUGCAAACCUACCCCGGAUACCAGAACAUUGCUGGUGUUUUUUGCUGAGCGUAUCCGAAGAAGAAACGAAGGACCAUAGUUAGAGCGCACUCGUCCGACCGUCGUCGUCGUCGUCGUCGUGUUCGUGUGUGACACGUUCACGCGGUAGAAGGGAGUAGCGGCGGCCCUUAUCGGCAGAUCCCGUGGGCCGUGUGUAUCGUGACACGCGAAUGUGUGUCGUCGCCUGCUAGGAUGGAACAGUUUUCGCACGAUCUGACGUUGGCGCUGGAGGAAACGUCUCGCACCACCACGAGCAAGGUGCGGUGGGGUGUGCGCCGCCGGACACGAUCAACGGGAAAUUUGCCUUGUGCACCACAGCCAACGGAGGAUAGUUCCAGCAGCCCGACCGAUCCACCGGCCUGCAAUGUAGUGAUGAACCAGGCGGACUCACCCUACCUGAGUGGCAGCAACAACAUCGUCCAGAGCGAUUCCGAUGAUCGACAUUCCGUGGCGUUUACGUUCAAGUUGCGCCAAACGCCACUCUCGGGAAACUUUGAAUCCGACUCACUGAACGAAAACUUCAGUCCUGCUAGACCCAACAUGCGCCGGAAGCGGAAGUACAAACGAAUGGCCGUCGAGUAUGAGACGACACCGUCCACACCGCACAUCGUGGGCAAUCCACUGUUCCCGGUCGCUGGCACGGUGAAGAAGCGCGUGUUCAAACACUCGGCGUGCCCGGAAAGUUUUAGGAGCACCAUGUUUUUCUGUGGCAAGCGGAAGCGCGGUCAGCGUGACCGGGGUGGGCUGGAUUACGACUUCUGCAAGCAGCAUUCCAGCAGCGUACCGAGGCAGCGGGAGUUUUUCGGCCCGAAAGGUUCGUCGUACAGCGAGUACAAGAGCCGCAACAGGGCCGCAUCCUUUUCGGCCAGCAUGAUGAAGUGCGAACGGAUACUGCCCCUGAACAAGACAGUCGUCUCGAAGAUUGAGCGAAUUUCGGCCGACAGAGAUCGCGAACGGUCGGCACUGUUGGAGGCUUCGCGAUCGUCCGGCAUCGUUGCGCCCUCGGCGCCAGUUCCCGUACCGACCGGGGGAGAGUUUAACUUCUCGAUUCCGCUGCAGCAGCAGCAGCCAGUUCUGCUACCGGGAGCUAUUCAGCAGCCGGCAAUGCCAAUACUGCCACUGAUCGGAAGUCAAGGUCAUGGUGGAGAGGGACUAUCUGCUGCUGCUCCGCAUCAAAUUGCGACGGUCAGCACGAAUGCUGUCCAGAGCGUUCCGCAAAAUCAACCGACGUUGGGAGGGGUAACACCGUUGGUUCUACCUGGGGAAGCUUUGAAUCCCCUGCUGCAUCCGUUCGGUAUGUCAUCAGCGCCACCCACUACUAUAGCGCCCGCUAUAGCCCCAACAGCUCCGGGCCAGAUCGGUCCACUGACCCAAGUGCCGACCAAACCGUUGCUAAUCAAUCCGUUCGGUGGUGGUACGGUGGUGAUCGAGAAUCCGCUCAACAUUCAGCGAUCGUUUUCGGAAACGGUGGCUACCGUCACCGGGCCCGGCACUGUCCAAUCCAUCCCGGAGCCGAUGAAGGCAGCCGUAGUAACAAAGGCGAAGGGAAGCUACCCGAAGGAAAAGCAUCGCCAUCGCAAAUCGAAGUACAUCCGCAAGAAGCAGAUGCUGAUGAUGGCCGGCGGUCCGGAAGGGCAGGGACAGCUGAUGGAUUGCGGAGGGCAGGAUUUCCUGAGCUCCAGCUCGCUCAGCUCGAGCGAUUCGGAAGCGGUGCUGGCGAACGAGACGGACCACGAGGGUGACGACGAGCUAACCGAUUGGCCCGGCAACGAGGCAAUGAUUACGUUCGCUUCGAAGCACGACUUCCGCAAGGCGUACCACGGCAAUCGAGCGCCCGGCCUGGCAGGAGCAUCCUCUUCCGCGCUCACUCGGGCUUGUCUGCUGCCCCAUGUCGAUCGGCAGGACGAGCCGGACGACGAUACGCUCAUGUCGGCCGAUGAGCUACUGACGGCGGCAAGCGUCCCUGGUGCGGCAAGCGAAAUAACGAUGCAACCGGUGGGUAGUGUGGUGUCGGUCGAUGCCAUCGGUUUGAGCGGUAUCGAGCCAAGCUUGGCGCUACCCAUCGGGGCUGAUUUGGCCGGCAUUAAUACACCCUUUCUAGUCAAUAACAUUGCGCCCGGGCUGCCGUUAGCGAACGAAAUACGGGAGAUCCGUGCCGGGUGUAGAAGAAUUCGCGAAGAACGGCCGGGGUUUUCCAUCAUAUCGAGCGUGAAUGAGCUGCUAUCAAGGUUUCUUCAGGAUGAUCAGCAGCGCGAGCUGACCCUGCACGAUGUGGACAAAGCGGAGCACGACAAGCUGCAGGAUCUGUGCAAGCUCUACUCGCUGAAUGCACAGCAGCUGAGCGAAAAUGGCAGUGUGGUGAUGCUGAGCAAAACCAGCAACACGAUGCAAUCGGUACGGAUCGAUCAGUCCAACUUACCGAAACGGCUUGGAGAUUUCAAACGGCGCUGCUACGGCAAUGCGGAAGCGCUACAAUUUCACGACGGUGCUACCAGCUAAACAAUGACUAAGGCUACCAUCACCGAUACGACACCGAACGGAGCUUUCGAGCGUUAGAAACCGAGUUUGGACCGGGUUUUUGUGCCGGCGUGUUUACAAAACUGUAAACAACAGCUUUGAAAAUUGAAACUGUAAAGAUAGCGAGCAAAUAUACAAGUGAAUUAGUGUAGAAUUAGGCGAAGUGCUUUUAGCUUUUGUUCAGUCCCACGCGCGCACAACACUGUUGGGAGGCUCGUUGCGUGUAGAGUUAGCAUAAGCGAGUUAACAAACGACGACACAACACACGGACGAACAACAGGAUUUGAUUGCAUCAUGUCCUCAUGGACGAAGAAGAGGAUAGAAAAUAGAAUAGACAAAAAA